UAUUUUCAUUUAAUCUUUAAGCAAAUAAUUAUUAGGCUAAUAAUUUCAUAACGAUUAUUCUAAGAACAAAGGCGAUUAAGUGACCAGUUGGAGUGAGCCAUUAUCAGUGUUAAAGUAAGAGCCGCUACUUCAGUUUAGUUUGUCCACGUUCUCAAAGAGGAAGUGAAUCAGUUGGUCUGUCAUCAGUAAAAUGUAUGUAAAAAGAAGUCAACGAACAAUGUAAUUCCAUAUUUAUUAUCGAAUGGUCUAAACAGAGAGAUAAAGAAGAGGGGUGCCUCUAAAACAAGUCUGUCUGGGGAGAGAGAUGGGGGACACUGCCUCUGAAAUGAGUAUUUUUGGGGAACAUGACACCACAUCUAAGAGGAUAAGCCAUCAGGAGAGACCAGCCUCCCCAGUACCCAGCUGUGUGUCCAUGAAGAGUGACUGGUCUAUGGAACAACCUUCAAAGUUCAGAGAGGGAAUCUUGUCUACUGAUCAAAGGACAAGCCAUCAGGAGAGACCAGCCUCCCCAGUACCCAGCUGUGUGUCCAUGAAGAGUGACUGGUCUAUGGAACAACCUUCAAAGUUCAGAGAGGGAAUCUUGUCUACUGAUCAAAGGACAAGCCAUCAGGAGAGACCAGCCUCCCCAGUACCCAGCUGUGUGUCCAUGAAGAGUGACUGGUCUAUGGAACAACCUACACAGUUCAGAGAGGGAAUCUUGUCUACUGAUCAAAGUAAUGCUAACCCCAGUGCCAAAGAAGGGUUUCUGAAGAACACACUGCCUGUACUGAGGAACAAGAACCAGAAGGAACCUGCUGAAUCACUGGAGAAAAGUCAGCCUGCUGUGAUUUGUCAUGAACACAAAUCUAACCUGAAGAAGAAGUUUCAGUGCUUAUUUGAGGGUAUCGCUAAACAAGGGAACCCAACACUUCUGAAUGAGAUCUACACAGAGCUCUACAUCACAGAGGGUGGAAGUGGAGGAGUCAAUAAUGAUCAUGAGGUGAGACAGAUUGAGACAGCAACCAGGAAACAAGCAAGACCAGAGACAGAAAUCAAAUGUAAUGACAUCUUCAAACCCACAGCUGGACAAGACAAGCCUAUCAGAACUGUGCUGACAAAGGGUGUUGCUGGAAUUGGAAAAACAGUCUCUGUGCAGAAGUUCAUUCUGGACUGGGCUGAAGAAAAAGCCAAUCAGGAUGUCCAAUUUGUAUUUUCACUCCCUUUUAGGGAGCUGAAUUUGAUGAAAGGGGAGAAACUCAGUUUGGUUCAACUCAUCAAUCAUUUCUCAAUUGAAACCAAAAAAGCAAGAAUCUCUAACUACAACAAAUACAAAGUUGUGUUCAUCUUUGAUGGUCUGGAUGAGUGCCGACUGCCCCUUGACUUCAAGAACAACAAGAGCUGUUGUGAUGUGACAGAGUCAACCUCAGUGGAUGUGCUGCUGACAAACCUCAUCAAGGGAAAUCUGCUUCCCUUUGCUCUCCUCUGGAUAACUACCAGACCUGCAGCAGCCAAUCAGAUCCCUUCAGAGUGUGUUGACCAGGUGACAGAGGUGAGAGGGUUCAAUGACCCUCAGAAAGAGGAGUACUUCAGGAAGAGAUUCAGUAAUGAGGUCAUGGCCAGCAGAAUCAUCUCACACAUAAAGACAUCAAGGAGCCUCCACAUCAUGUGUCACAUACCAGUCUUCUGUUGGAUCACUGCUACAGUCCUUGAGUACAUGUUGACUACAGAUGAUAAAGUAGAGCUGCCCAAGACCCUAACAGACAUGUACUCACACUUCCUGGUGUUUCAGUCCACACACCGGAAUGUAAAGUAUGAUGGGAAAAAAGAGACAGAUCCACACUGGAAUAAAGAGAGCAUUCUGACACUGGGAAAACUGGCUUUUCAGCAGCUACAGAAAGGCAAUCUGAUCUUCUAUGAAGAAGACCUGAAAGAGUGUGGCAUUGAUAUCAAUGAAGCAUCAGUGUACUCAGGAGUCUGUACACAGAUCUUUAAAGAGGAAUGUGGGCUGUACCAGAACAAGGUGUACUGCUUUGUCCAUCUGAGUAUUCAGGAGUUUCUAGCUGCUGUACAUGUGUUUCACUCAAUCAUCAACACUAAUGAGAAUCUAAUGGAUGUACAGCAAUCAGCCGACAAUGUUUGGAUAUGGUUAGAGCCUGAAGUCACAUUCUACAAGACUGCUGUGGAUAAAGCCUUGCGGAGUAAGACUGGACAUCUGGACCUUUUCCUCCGCUUCCUCCUGGGUCUCUCACUGGAGUCAAAUCAGAAGCAUUUACGAGGUCUACUGACAAAGACAAGAAGCAGCUCACAGAGCCAUGAAGAAACAGUGAAAUACAUCAAAGAGAAGAUCAGGGAGAAUCCCUCUUCAGAGAGGUGCAUCAAUCUGUUCCACUGUCUGAAUGAACUGAAUGACCAUUCUCUAGUGGAGGAGAUCCAAAGGUACCUGAGUUCAGGAAGUCUCUCCAGAGAAGAACUGUCUCCUGCACAGUGGUCAGCUCUGGCCUUUGUGUUACUGACUUCAGAAGAGGAGAUUGAUGUGUUUGACCUGAAGAAAUACUGCCCAUCACAGAAAGGUCUUCUGGAGUUGCUGCCAGUGAUCAAAACCUGCAGAACUGCUCUACUGGCAGGUUGUGGAAUCACUGAGGAAGGCUGUGCUUCUCUGGUCUCAGCUCUGAAGUCAAACCCCUCACAUCUAAAAGAACUGGAUCUGAGCUACAAUCACCCAGGACACUCGGGAGUCAGACUGCUCUCUGCUGGACUGGAGGAUCCACACUGUAGACUAGAGAAACUCAAACUGGCAGGUUGUGGAAUCACUGAGGAAGGCUGUGCUUCUCUGGUCUCAGCUCUGAAGUCAAACCCCUCACAUCUAAAAGAUCAGGAUCUGAGUAACAAUGACCUGAAGGACACUGGAGUAGAGCAUCUCUCUGCUUUGCUGAAAGAUCCACAAUGUAGACUGGAGACUCUGAGACUGGCAGGUUGUGGAAUCACUGAGGAAGGCUGUGCUUCUCUGGUCUCAGCUCUGAAGUCAAACCCCUCACAUCUGAAAGAACUGGAUCUGAGUAACAAUGACCUGAAGGAUACGGGAGUGGAGCAGCUCUCUGCUUUGCUGAUGGAUCCACAAUGUGGACUGGAGACUCUGAGGUUGUCAGGCUGCAUGAUCAUAGAGGAAGGCUGUGCUUCUCUGGUCUCAGCUCUGAAUUCAAAUCCCUCACAUCUAAAAGAGCUGGAUCUGAGCUACAAUCACCCAGGAGACUCGGGAGUCAGACUGCUCUCUGCUGGACUGGAGGAUCCACACUGGAGAUUGGAGAAACUCAAGUAUGUUCUUCACAUGUCAAUCAGUACUUAAUCGUGUUUGAAGAGAAAUAAUGUUUGUUAGUCUUAUUUAAAGUCUCACAUGAUGUGAUGCUCUUGAUGACUGCUGUCUGAUUCCCUAAUAUUUACUUUCAUUAUUAGAACAGCAGAUUCCUGAUAGUGAUCUUUUGUCUCUUUGUUGGGGUUUGGCACUGUAUUUCAUGUGUGUCUGUCCGUGAAGAUAAUAUAUCCUGACUAUAUACACUACUGUUUAACAGUUUCUGUCCACAGUGUUGUCCAUUCAAAUACAGAAAUACAGUUUAGACAUUGUUAAUAGUUGUAAAUGACUAUUGUCACUGGAAAUGGCAGAUUUUUUAUGGAAUAUCUACAUGGGCGUAGUGAGGCCCAUUAUCAGCAACCAUCACUCCUGUGUUCCAAUGACUCAUUGUAUUUGAUAAUCCACGUUUAUCAUUUUAAAAGGCUUUUGCAAUUAUGUAAGCACAGCUGAAAAUUGCUAUGCUGAUUAAAGUGGCAAUAAAACUGUCCUUUAGACUAGAUGAGUAUAUGGAGCAUCAGCAAUUUUGGGUUUGAUAAUAGGCUCAAAAUGGACAGAAACAAAGAACUUUCUUCUGAAACAAAAAUACAUAUCUCAGACUGGCCAAUUAAAAGAGAUUAAUAUGGGCAAAGAACACAGACACUGGACAGAGGAAGAUUGCUGAUGAAAGUGCCUCUCUACGCCUCUCUAUUUCAUUAGAUAUUAGCCGUUUCAGGCUACAAUACUAUUAAUAAUGUUAAUAUCAACAAUGUCUACA